UUGGCGGCUUAGUUACCAAUCGAUAUGUUUGUGUAAGUAUCGGUAACGCAACUGCAAUAGAGCAGUUGCGCAGUGCCAGAGCUAACUUCGAUACUGCCAUUACUACCAUCACUAGUAAAAACAAAAAAAAAAAACAUUUACAUAUGUAUUGGGAGUGCUACUCAGCGCAUUAAACAAAAACGCAAAGUAAUUAAACAAAAAAAUGUUGCCGCUGCAAAGCUGAUAAACAGCAGCUGAAUGCGUUGCAGAGAAACGCAAGCAGAGUGAAUCAGGCAUUUGUUGAAUUAUUCAAAGAAAAUUCUCUCAACAAAGAGAAGUGUUCGAUACCGAUACCUAUUUGUUAGGGAGAUUGAAGUUGAAGUUGAAGUCAUUCGCAUGUGUGUGCAUGUGUGCGUAUGUGUGUGUAUAUAAGUGCAUUGAUUUAUAAUGACCACCCAGCGAACGCAUCGAAAUGCCAGCAAUGCGGCAAUGGUGGGCGCUGCCACAGGUGCAGCGCCAGGUGGAGUUGCUGACUCAGAUUAUGAGCAGCUAAUGCAACGCCUGCAUAUCGGCAGCUAUCAGCAACGACCAGAGAGUUACAUGCACGAGGCAACGCAGCUGCAACGACUGCCCAACAGCGAAGACUACAAGUUAUAUGAGCGCAACAAAUAUGCUGCCGCCACAGCAGCCAAUGCCAUGCCCAGUCAGGCGCAAGAGCUUGCAACACAACACGCCGCGCACAUUUAUGCGCCCACAGCGCAAAUACUGGGCCAACGCAUAGCGCCGCAAAAGCACUCGCCGGUCUAUGAGAAUCUUGAGUUCUAUGGCCAGUUCGACUCGAAUCAAAAGCGCGCGCAGCCGCAGAGUCCAGCCAGCAGGCAGAAUGUCAUGCUUAAUGACUAUCUGCUAAUGCAGCCCAUUGGUGGCGGUCGUUUUGCGCACACGCCCGUGCCGGAGCCGCCCAAGCACAGUCACAACCACAAUCACAACCAUAAUCACAAUACCAUAGAGGAGCUCUCGUCCAGCAUGGGCAUGGGCGCGGCGGCGCCCAUCUACGAGAACAUCAUACCGCAUUCCGGGCAACGUGCACAGCCGCAAGCAUCACCAGCCACAGCAAGCAUUUAUCAGCAUACAGAAAUGGCCACGCCCACGCCAACCAGUGUGGAACCAAACUCAACGUUGCUGCUUGCCUCGCCGUUGCACCAGCGCAGCAGCAGCAGCAAUAACAGCAAUGGCGGCAUCGCCAGCGGUGGUGCUAGCGGUGCAACGCAACGUUAUCGCAAUCUAUCACUGCCGAGUCAUCUCAGCAGUCCGCUGUCAUCGCCAGUGCCCACUCAGAUGGCCAAACUGCAGCAGCAUACGCCAAUUAAGCAACUGCCUGCACAUGCCGGCAUCAAUGUAUCCGUUAAUCCCAACUAUAUAGAGGAUAUCAAUAGCUCCGACUAUGUCUGCAUGACGGCCAAUCUACACAAGAGCAGCGCCAUCGCUGCAGUCAGCGCAGCCAAUCCACAACCAGUCGCUGCCGCAGCAGUAGCGCCAACAACGGCAUUGGCCACUAGCAAUGUCUUCACAGCCAUCACAAGUGCAGCCUCGGCACAAGCAGCAGCAGCAGUGCCAGCAACGUCACAAUUGCGAGCUAAUUGCAUGGCGCCCACGGCACCGCUGGUGGUGGCCACCUCGCCAACACCCUCGCAAAGCAGCACAGCCGCCUUGCGGCCCAGGAGAGGCCUAACGAAGAACUUACUGCCGUACAGCGUCACACCGCCGCGUCCGGCUGGUCCGACGGAGGCGCAGCGCAAAAUCGAGGAGCUGACACGUCAGCUAGAGGAGGAGAUCGAGCAGAGCGAAGAGCAUGGAGAAUACUUUGGCAUUUGUCAUACCUGCGGCGAGAAGGUCAAAGGUGCCGGACAGGCCUGCCAGGCCAUGGGCAAUCUUUAUCACACCAAUUGCUUCAUUUGCUGCUCUUGCGGACGCGCACUACGCGGCAAAGCAUUCUACAAUGUCCAUGGGCGUGUCUAUUGCGAGGAGGACUAUAUGUAUUCGGGCUUCCAGCAGACAGCCGAGAAGUGUGCAAUCUGUGGUCAUCUCAUCAUGGAAAUGAUCUUACAAGCUAUGGGCAAGUCAUAUCACCCGGGCUGCUUUCGCUGCUGCAUCUGCAACGAGUGCUUGGACGGCGUGCCCUUCACCGUGGAUGUGGACCACAAAAUUUACUGCGUCAACGACUAUCACAGCAUGUUUGCGCCCAAGUGCGCCAGCUGCGGCAAAGGCAUCACGCCCGUUGAGGGCACUGACGAGACCGUGCGUGUGGUGUCCAUGGACAGGGACUUCCAUGUGGACUGCUACAUCUGCGAGGAGUGCGGCAUGCAGCUGACGGAUGAGCCCGACAAGCGCUGUUAUCCCUUGGACGGCCGCCUGCUAUGUCGUGGCUGCCACUUGCAGCGUUUGGCACUGCAAUCAUCACCGCAUGCGCGCCACCAGGAGCCCGUAUGCGCAUCCUAUCAGUAUAUGGGCUAAGCCACGCCCACUUAUGCAAUAUACGCACAAAAUUUUCCAAUAACCAUUUGAUAUACACACAUAUACAUAUACUAUAUAAACUAAU